UCACUUCAUUGUCAGACGUCUUUGUAGAUGGACGUUGUGCUGUUCAGAAACACGUGAAGGAAAAAAAUAUAUAAUUUUAUUUUCUAAAUUUUUCUUUGCGUUUUUAUACGUUUUCAACAUCAACUAAAAAAGUAAUAAUACCAAAAACGGAAGAAUCAAGCGUGAAAAGAAAAAGUUGGAGUGGAAAAAUUGCAGUUGAAUCAUUAUUAAUCAUACAACAGCAAAAAAAAUUCCAAUAAAAUAAAACUGCAAUUAAAAUUUGUUUCCUCUAUUUUUUAAACAAGUAAAACAACAAUAAAUUAACCAACAUGUCUUCCGUUUCAAAGAAACGUGAUGCACAACGUAAGAAGGAUGCUCGUAAUAAGAAAAUUAUCCAAACCACAUCUUCAAAGAAAACCAAUGGCAAUGCUGAGCCAGCCCGCGAACUGACCGAAGAGGAGAUCUUGUGCGCCAAAUUGGAGCAGGAGGCCCGCAUCAAUGCUGAGGCUCGUGCCUGUACCGGCUCUUUGGCCUCUCAUGCUCGCUCGCGUGAUAUUAAAGUUGCCAACUUCUCGAUUACCUUCUUCGGUGCCGAAUUGCUGCAAGACACAAUGUUGGAAUUGAAUUGUGGCCGUCGUUAUGGUGUUAUUGGUUUGAAUGGCUGUGGCAAAUCUUCUUUAUUGGCCGUAUUGGGUAAUCGCGAGGUACCCAUACCAGAUCAUAUGGAUAUUUUCUAUUUGACUCGUGAAAUUCCCGCUAGUUCCAAGUCUGCUUUGCAGUGUGUAAUGGAAGUAGACGAGGAGCGUAUUAAAUUGGAGAAAUUAGCCGAAGAAUUGGCCAUGAGCGAAGAAGAUUCUGAUCAGGAUCAAUUGAUCGAUAUCUAUGAACGUCUUGAUGAUAUGUCAGCCGAUUUAGCUGAGGUAAAGGCUGCCCGUAUUUUGCACGGUUUGGGCUUUGACAAGGAAAUGCAACAGAAACAGGCUAAAGAUUUCUCUGGUGGUUGGCGUAUGCGUAUCGCUUUGGCUCGUGCCUUGUUCGUCAAGCCCCAUUUGUUGUUGCUCGAUGAACCUACCAAUCAUUUGGAUUUGGAAGCUUGUGUAUGGUUGGAGGAAGAAUUGAAAACCUAUAAACGUAUUUUGGUUUUGAUUUCCCACUCCCAGGAUUUCCUUAACGGUGUGUGCACCAACAUCAUACACAUGACCAGCAAACAACUGAAAUACUAUACCGGUAACUACGAAUCCUUCUGCCGCACCCGCAUGGAGUUGUUGGAAAAUCAAAUGAAACAAUACAACUGGGAACAGGAUCAAAUUGCCCAUAUGAAGAACUAUAUCGCACGUUUCGGUCACGGUUCCGCCAAAUUGGCCCGUCAGGCUCAAUCCAAGGAAAAGACCUUGGCUAAGAUGGUCGCUCAAGGCUUAACCGAAAAGGUAUCCGAUGACAAGAUUUUGAAUUUCUAUUUCCCCUCAUGCGGUGGCAUACCACCACCCGUUAUUAUGGUGCAAAAUGUUAGUUUCCGCUAUAACGAACAGACACCCUGGAUCUAUAAGAAUUUGGAAUUCGGUAUCGAUUUGGAUACGCGUUUGGCGUUGGUGGGUCCCAAUGGUGCCGGCAAAUCUACCCUACUGAAGUUGUUGUAUGGUGAAUUGGUGCCCUCUUCCGGUAUGAUUCGUAAAAAUUCCCAUUUGCGUAUUGCUCGCUAUCAUCAACAUUUGCAUGAAUUGUUGGAUUUGGACGCCAGUCCCUUGGAGUACAUGAUGAGUGCCUUCCCCGCUGUCAAGGAGAAGGAAGAGAUGCGUAAAAUUAUUGGCCGUUAUGGUUUGACUGGUCGCCAGCAGGUGUGCCCCAUCAGACAGUUGUCGGAUGGUCAACGUUGCCGUGUUGUGUUCGCCUGGUUGGCCUGGCAAGUGCCUCAUUUGCUGUUGCUUGAUGAACCUACCAAUCAUUUGGAUAUGGAGACAAUUGAUGCCUUAGCGGAUGCUAUCAAUGAUUUCGAUGGUGGCAUGGUGUUAGUUUCUCACGAUUUCAGAUUGAUCAAUCAAGUGGCCGAAGAAAUUUGGAUUUGUGAAAAAGAAACCGUUACCAAAUGGAAGGGCAACAUUUUGGACUACAAAGAUCAGUUAAAGAAAAAUAUUACCACUGACAAUUCCAGCAAAAAGAAAUAAAACUGUUGUUGAGGCUAAACUAACAACAACCAAUUUUGCCAGACCUCAGCUCCAGACAUACAAAAACUGCUUACAAAUAAAAAAAAAGUCUGGUCUAUAUCUAUUAAAACAAAUUUAUAAUUUUACGUGAUCGAAUGAAUAUUCUCUUCAUUGUUUUUUUUUUUUUUUUUAAUUGAAUUAUGUAAUUUGAACAAAAUAAAACCAAAACUUUUUCUUCAAAACUAGUUAGAACUUAAAGGGCCGUAAAAAACCAACAACAACAAUACAACUUUAAAUCUAAAAAAUAGACAAAUUAUUAUAUUACUCUUUAAAACUUUAAAAAAAAGUGAAUAAAUAUUAUCACAACUUAAAAAAAAUUAUAUAUAAAAAUAAAACUACAUACACACAAGUUUAAAUAGAGAAUGAAAAAAACACUACUUCAAAAUGUGAUUUUUAUGUUAAAGAUUUAAUAUACUUAUAAUAAAUAAUAAUAAAAUAUAAUUUAUAAAAAACCAACAAAAAAAAAACUGCUUAAAUAAAUAUUCUUCUCCCAAACCCCCUUAGCAGCUUAAAAAACAUUAAACUUUUCUUAUAGUUUUCACUUCAAUCUCUUUCCUUUACUAUAAAUAAGUAGUUUCAAUUUAUUUCUUUUUUUUAUAUUUAAAAAAAACUGGAAGUAUUUUUUACUAUUUUAUUAAAAAACAAAAAAUAAACUUUAUUUUUAUUAUAAAAUUAACAAUUUGCCCUAAUUAUUAUUUUUUUUAAACUCAAAAAAAGUUUAAAUUUUAAAUUCUUUUAUAAUUUUUUUUUUAGUUUUUAAGAUAUUUUUGGUUAAAUUGACUUGAUAUUUUUUUUUAUUAUUAUUUUCUUUCUAUAUAAUUUGUAUUUUUUAAUUUCUUUUAAUUAGUGGGCUAUAAAACAACCGCAACAUUUAAUUAUUAUAUAAACAUAAACAAAUUCUUAUAACCACAAACAAACAAAAAAAAAACAAUAUUUGUAUUAUCUAAUAACAAACAAAAAAAACCCAACAGAAAAAAUCAAUCAAUUUCAAAUUAAAAUGAUGUAAUAAAACCACA